GAUAAUGUAUCUGCUCUUCAAUUCAUUCUCUUCUCACUAAAACACAUCCUAAAUAUCCCUCUAAUUUCUUCGGGAAACCGUCCGAUAUGUCGGAGGCCGACAUUCCGCCACUAACCCUUCACUUCCUCGCUGUACUCUCUCUUCUCUGCUUCUUCUCGGGCGCCAACUCCGACGACCUCCAAAUCCUUCUAAACAUCAAAACCAGCCUCCAAAACUCCAACACCAACAUAUUUAAUUCCUGGGAAACCCACAAUUCUAUAUGCAAUUUCACUGGAAUUUCAUGUUACUCAGAUGGCUCAGUCAAAGCUAUAGAACUAUCAAAUCAACAGCUCUCCGGCACUCUUUCAUUUGAUUCGAUUUGCCAACUGAAAUCGCUCCAAAAGCUCUCUGUGGGCCAAAACUCACUCCACGGACCAGUCACAGACGACUUGAGGAAGUGCGUAAGGUUACAGUAUUUGGACCUCGGCAACAACUUCUUCUCCGGCGAAGUACCGGACUUAUCGCCCCUGAAUAGAUUAGUGUCUCUGUAUUUGAAUAACAGCGGGUUUUCGGGUACUUUUCCAUGGAAUUCACUUUCUAACAUGACGGGUCUUGUUGAUUUGAGCCUCGGAGACAACCAGUUUGAUUCUUCUAUUCUGUUUCCAGCUGUGGUGGUGGAACUUACUCGACUGAAAUGGCUUUACCUAUCGAACUGUACUAUUGAAGGUCGAAUUCCACCGGGAAUUGGGAAUCUCACGGAGCUAUUAAACUUGGAGCUCUCCUACAAUAAUAUGUCAGGCAAAAUUCCGCCGGAGAUUUCGAAGCUUGGGAAGCUAUGGCAUCUAGAACUCUACAACAACGACUUGAUCGGAAAAUUCCCAGCUGGGUUCGGCAAUCUAACGAGUCUUGAGAGCUUUGACGCCUCCACGAAUCGUCUUGAGGGUAAUCUUUCGGAGCUCAGGUCAUUGACUAAUCUAGCGUCUCUGCAACUAUUCAAAAACGGGUUUUCCGGCGAAGUUCCGGCGGAGUUUGGUGAGCUCAAGAAGCUAGUGGUUUUAUCGCUUUACACGAAUCAACUCACUGGUUCUCUUCCUCAGAUGCUUGGUUCCUGGGCUGAUUUUGAUUACAUUGAUGUUACGGAGAAUUUUCUGACGGGUCCGAUUCCGCCGGACAUGUGCAAGCAAGGAAAGAUGAAGGAGCUAUUGAUUCUUCAGAACAAUUUUUCCGGCGAAAUUCCGGCGACUUACGUGAACUGUUCGUCGAUGACUCGCUUUCGGGUGAGCAACAAUUCGCUUUCCGGCGUAGUUCCGAGUGGAAUUUGGGGACUACCCAAUGUCGGAUUAAUCGAUAUCGCCUUGAAUCAAUUUCAAGGUCCGAUUACAUCUGAUAUCCAAAAUGCCAAAUCAUUAGUUCAACUAUUGCUCUCUGACAAUCAAUUAUCCGGCGAAUUACCGCCGGAGAUUUCGAAAGCUACAUCAUUGAUCAAGAUUGAUCUGAGUUACAAUCAAUUUUCCGGCUACAUUCCGGCGACAAUCGACGAGCUCAAACAACUAGGGUGGCUUGCGUUGCAGAACAACAACUUUUCCGGCAACAUUCCGGCGACAAUCGGCGAGCUCAAACAACUAGAGCGGCUUGCGUUACAGAACAACAACUUUUCCGGCGACAUUCUGGCGACAAUCGGCCAACUCAAACAACUACGGCGGCUUGCGUUACAGAACAACAACUUUUCAGGAACAAUAGAGUGAUUAUUUGACAGUCUUUGAGUAUUCUUCCAUACCAUUUAUCACUUAAUAUUUGUAAGUUCUUCCUCAAAAAUCCAAUCCAAAGUACUGGUUAUACUAUUUUAGAACCAUUUUAAUCAAUAAAUUUUAAGUUGAACAGCAUGUGUAUUUAUCCUAGAAACAAAAAAUAAUUUCUCGACACAAUAUGUUAGGUUUCGACUCA